AUGCAUAGGUGUUGCUCUCUGAUGGGACGGGCAGGCAAGGCCGCAUAUGUCCCAGAACAGGCAGUCGAGGACUGCCACAGGUCCCGGGACAGGCGGGAAACGGCCGCUACGGCUCUCGGGAUGGUUGGGCGGGCGAGGCCCACCAUAGGUCCUGGGAUGGGCGGGCAAGGCUCUCCAUGUCUCCCGGCGGGCGAGGUCUGCCACAGGUCCCAGGACGGGCGGGCGAGGGCCCCCACAUGCCCCAGGAAGGCAGGCAGAGCCCACCUCAUGUCCCGUGACGGGCAGGCGAAGUCAGCCACGGGUCCCGGGACAAGCGGGCAAGGCCCACCACAUGUCCCGGGACAGGCGGGCGCGGCCCGCCACAUGUCCCAGGAUGGGCGGGCGGGGCCUGCCACGUAUCCCUGGACGGGCAUGCAAGGCCUACCACGAGUCCCAGGACGGGGAGGCAUGGCCCGCCACGUGUCCCUGGACAGGCGUGCGAGGCCCACCACGGGUCCCAGGACCAGCGGGCAAGGGCUGCCACAUGUUUAG